AUGGCCUCUCCGCCGCCGGCCGGCGCGGUGCCUCCCGUCUUCGACGACGACACUGUCGCUGCUAACAUCCACCCGGACGACCACGACGAUCCUAUUGUGGCGGACAUGGACGAGGACGGCGACUCUGCAAUCGAUGUGGCAGAAAUCGAACGUCUGGACCUUCAACACCAUGUUCUCACACUCACAAUCGAGGGCAACCACUGCCUGUGUCCCAAGAACAAGGGUGCUCGGCGUGUCCUGGACUUGGGCACAGGCACAGGCAUUUGGGCCAUGGAAUACGCCGACGCUCACCCUGACGCCGAAGUCAUUGGUGUGGACUUGAGUCCAGUGCAGCCAGAAUUCGUGCCGCCAAACUGCUACUUUGAAAUCGACGACCUCGAACGGGAAUGGACCUGGGACCGUCCCUUUGACUUUAUCUUUGCCCGCAUGAUGGCCGGUUCCUUUACGGACAACGGCGCCGUCGUGCAAAAGGCCUACGAACAACUCGAGCCGGGCGGCUACUACGAGGCCCAGGACAUGGCCCUACCCCUCGGCUGCGACGACGGCACCCUCAAAAAGGACUCCGACCUCUGGAUCUGGAUGGGGCUCGUCAUCGAGUCCAUGGAGAAGCUCGGCCGCCCCGUGGUCUCCGCCCAGCAGUGGAAGCCCCUCAUGGAGCAGUGCGGCUUCGAGGACGUCACCCAGACCAUAUACAAGUGGCCCAUCAACCGCUGGCCGCGCGACAAGAAGUACAAGGACCUGGGCAUGUGGAGCCUCGCCAACAUGGACUCGGCCCUCGAGCCCAGCUCGCUCGCGCCGCUGACCCGUGCUCUCGGCUGGUCCCGCGAAGAGGUUCUUGUUCUUGUCAGCAAGGCCCGGAAAGUCCUGCGCGACACCAGCGUCCACGCCUACUGGCCAAUCUACGUUGUCUACGGCCGCAAACCGCUCAACGCGCCUGCCGCUCAGCCCACCGACGCCACCGUAUCGCUCCCCGAGGCCAGCUCACCGCAACCGGAGCCCGAAGCCCUACCCGCCUCCCUGCCCGCUGAGACGCCUGCGCCUGCACCCGCACCUGCACCGGUACCUGUGGCUGCACCAGUCGUCCAGUCUGCUGCCGCACCGGCUGUUAUAGAGGCACCAGCCGCAGACGUGGUAGAAGCUGCACAAGUCGCAGAAGCGGUAGCACCAGCACCAGCACCAGCACCAGCAGCACCAGCACCAGCAGCAACGCAAGGACAAGCAACCGAAGAAGCAACAUCAACAGCAACCGCAACCGCAACCGCAACCGCAACGGCGACAGCUGCAGAACCCUCUGGCACUCCUCCAAACGAGGAAGACGAAGUCGUGCCCGCACCACAAGCAGCAUCGUAA